UUUUUCUCUUUCUCCGUUUUUUCUCGGUGCCGUUCUUCGAGGUUUUCUGUUUACUCGCUCGCGCGAAAUAUUUCGCGACGGUUGCGACGAAAAUACGACGCGAGCCGAAGAGGAGGUGCCAUAUUUUCGCAUACGAGCGAUCCUGGACGCAGCUGCACGAAAAUGAUUACGGCGUUACCGGUACCUUCGGUGAAGGUCUUCCAUAAGACCUAUUACCAGGAGAAGAGCUCGCGGAUAGGGAACAGCCAGCCGGGUAGCCCAUUGGCGGAGAGCGAGGCAGUGCUGGCGAUGAUAGACAAAGAGCCGCCGGAAUAUUAUUUCUGCGGAAAGGUGAAUUCGUUGUACGUCGUCGUUGGUUCGUUGCUGCUGGGAGCGGUGGUGCUAGUUGUCGGCCUGGUGCAACUCGCGCCGGGCGCGGAGGCCGCCCGGAACUCAGCAGCGCUGAUCGCCACUGGCAGUGGCCUCCUCGUGAUAGGGGUGUUCCUCGCGCCGUUGCGAGCCGUCUGUAUCAAAAAGCAGAAUGCGGCUCAAAAGGAUGGCACCCAUCAGCGUAGUGUCACCAGCAUAGAUAUGUUGCUGGCCCAGCACAGGGACUUCACGGUCCUGACGCCUGACGAGCUCGAGGACCUCGUGGGCCGGCCGGCGUCCAACAAUUUGGAGAACAAGCCGCAUCAGCAGGGCCACAACACCUAG